CUAAUUAGGGUUUUGAGUUACUCUCUCGCAGGCGGCCGAAGGUAGAGCAGGAACGACCGAAAAUGGUGAAGGGACGUCAAGGAGAAAGAGUCAGACUCUAUGUAAGAGGAACCAUCCUCGGAUACAAGAGGUCGAAAUCAAACCAAUAUCCAAACACUUCACUGAUUCAGAUUGAGGGAGUCAACACCAAGGAGGAGGUAGCAUGGUACUGUGGUAAGCGCAUGGCUUACAUCUACAAGGCUAAGGUGAAGAAGAAUGGCUCACACUAUCGCUGCAUUUGGGGGAAGGUAGCUAGGCCUCAUGGUAACAGUGGUGUUGUUCGUGCCAAAUUCAAGUCAAAUCUACCUCCUAAGUCUAUGGGAGCUAGAGUAAGAGUCUUCAUGUAUCCCAGCAACAUAUGAGUUCCGAGAUAUAGUUGGUUAAUGGCUCAGAAGGAAUUGCUGUCUACUUGUUUUUAUCAACUUAGUCAUAUUGUUUAGUGUUUUUUGGAUCCAAUUUUCUCUUUGUUUAGGAUUAUGGAGCUGUUACUCUUCCUUAAAUCCAAUCAAGGAUUCUUCAACCCAUUUUGUUUCUCAUUUUUAAUCUUUGAGCAAUCAUAAACCGAUGAUGAUGUAUUCUGUUUCUUUCAUUACCAUGUUUGUUUUCA